AUUUAACAUCUUCAUUAUUACAUAGUCAAUGAUUGAAAUAUUUGACAUUUUACACGUGUCGAUACAAACUAAUGUAUGUAUAUUACUAAUUAUUGAAAAGACAAAUGUUCUAUAAAUUAAAAAUAUAUUAAAACAAAACUGAUGUUUGAGAAAAAUGUUUGAGAGUGAUGAUUGGGAUCUUGAUCAGGAUUUCUUGAUUGACGUAGAUGAGAAAGUAAAUAAUUAUUAUUCUCAAAAGGAUAACCAAGAAAGUGAACCUAAAAAACGUAAAAUAGAUAUAAAUGAUGAUUCAAUUUUUUCAUUUGACCGUGAUGUAUCAUGGAAAGAAAGUACCGCAAAUAAAAGUACAGAGAAAUGUGAUGAAAAUAAAGACUCAAGAAAGAAUUUAAUUCUUGAAAUAUUUAAUAAGAAUGAAUUUAAAGAUGCGUUCAGUGAUUUGAAAAAUUUAUGUGAUAAUACUUCAUCAAACACCUCUGUGAAUCAAGUACAAAGCUGUAAAAAUAAUCAAUUACCUAGGAAAAAUUUAGUACUUGGAAUACUCAAAAACAAAAAUGUACAGGAUAAAGUGAUAGAAAAUAAUACAAAGAAUUUAGAAUUAAAAAAAGUUGUACCAAAAUUUAAUGAAAAGUUAGAAAAUACAGUAUUCAAUAAUGAAAGAAAAUGUCAAAUCUCUAAGACUACUUCUAAAACUGAAAAUAAAUUAAAUAAUGAUAAUUCUACACCAUCUUUGUUUGAGAAUUCAAAGAAACAGUUAUUGUGUAAUGUGUUAAAGCAGAACCCUAUAGACAAUAUACAAACCAAAAAUGAUAUUACAAAAAAAAUUUUACCUAUAUUUAAACCACAAAUAGAGUCUAAUAAGAAGAUGACAUUAAUCAGAAAAUUUCCUGGUCCAGCUGGGUUGUUACCAGAUAAUAUAGACACUAAUAUAUCAUGUAUUUCAUAUUUAAAUAGUUUGGAAGAAAGUGAGAUGAAAACAAAAGAGACAGAUUCAAGUAAUCUAUCUGAAUAUUGUUCUCAAAACACAAAAAAUCUAUUUACGGAAGGUCCUUGGCAAUUAAUGUUGGGUGAUUUACCAGAUAAUUUUCUGAAAGGUCAUGAUAUUGCUACUACUAAACAAAUAGCAAAUAUGAAUGGUUUCAAUAGUACAAAAGUUGAAUUUUUGGCAGGAAUAAUAGAACAUAUAGACUAUAGUCAUGAUAAUCCCCCUAUUGUUUUGAAAGAUUUCACGGAUAAAAUUCAUGGAAUUGUACACAAAGAUAUACCACUUAAAUAUCCUGAUUUGUUAGAACCUAACGUUGUUGUACUAUUACAUGAUGUAGGCCUUUUAAGAACUUCUGGAACUUUUGUUUUGAAUAAAUAUCAAGUUCUAAUUUCACCCUCCAGUUUAUUAGCAAUUUAUACUAGUGAAGGCACAAUAGAACGUACAGAGUAUAUGGAAGCAAUUUUUGGAAAUAUUUCAGAUGGUAGAAUGAAGACAGAGGGAAAAGAGAAAGCAGAUUGCAUUUCUGCAACAGCUUUGGAGGCACACUCAUCAAAAGGUGAUAGUCAGUUUAUUGAGAAAAACAAUAGUAAUAAUAAAAAGUCAAUAUAUUUCAGAAAGAAUAUAGAAAGUGUUAUUAAAAAAGAUUCAAGUUUCUCUACAAAUUCGAACGAAAUAGACGAAAAUACAGACGAACCAAUGGAUUUUGACACUGAUGUAUCUUUUUCAGUGUCUUUUAAUAAAAUUACAGACACACAGAUUGAAAAGAAUUUUAAUACUUCAAUGUCUAAGAAUUUGGAGCACGUGAAGGAAGAAAGUAAAAAACAAAAAUCUAAACUGUUACUAACAAAACAAAAGGAUAACAUACAGAAUGAUGAUAUAGAAAGAGCUAAAGAUUUAUUAAGAUCUUUGAAAAGAUCUACUCCAGAUAUAAAUGAGAAAAAAUUCUUUUCUUGUAAUUUCAAAAUUUUACAAACAAAUGCUGAGCAUUCAACAGCAGCAAAUAUCUCUCUUAAACGAACUGAGUCUGAGAAAUUAAAUGAUAUGUUGUUUGAAAAAAUAGGUAUUGAUAAAUGCCCAGAAAAAACUGUUUCUUCAGCUUGUCAUAAAGAAGUGGAACAUUCUUCGCCUUUUAUACGAUAUAAAUUACCUCAGUUUAAAAAUGCUGAUACACUAACACUUCCAGAAAAUUCUGCACCUACAGCUACAUUAGAUUCACCGAAAAUAUCUGAUAAGUUGGCAGAAAAAGAGCUUCUCGGAACUUCAGAAUCUAUGUGUGAUAUAUCUCGCGAUACCGAAAAUGACUCUGACGACGAAAUGUUAUCUCAGUUAGAUAUGGACAUCAUUUUCAGCAAUUACAGUAAUAAAAAUUAGACAUC